UAGACACGUAGCUCGAAACAACGUGGGGGCUAGUUCGACCCGUGUUUUUCGUAGUGGAGGCUGCCCGACUGCAGUCCGACAGCCGCAGCCGAGGACCUUUCCACCGCCAACGAUUUUGGACGACUGGGCGAAAGUGAUGUUCCAACAAUGCCGAUAGUGGAUAAACUCAAGGAGGCUUUAAAACCGGGCCGAAAGGAGACAGGCGAUGAAGGUGACCUCAACAAACUGUUGGCUUCUUCUGCCAAGAAGGUCCUGCUGCAGAAGAUAGAGUUUGAGCCUGCCAGCAAGGGUUUCUCCUAUCAACUGGAUAGCUUAAAGAACAAGUAUGUGAUCCUCAAUCCCAGGAAUGAGGGCGCUACAGGGCAGAAGGCCACAGAGCCUGCCCAAAUAAAGAGGCAAGUCUCGGAGAACGUGGUUGGGGGCCAGAGCGAUGGGAUCCCUGCACCACAGAAGAUGCUCUUUCCAGGAAACAAGCUCACCCUCAAAUGGGAGCGUGUGUACCGGGUGGGAGCCGGCCUCCACAACUUGGGAAACACCUGCUUCCUCAACUCCACAGUGCAGUGUCUCACCUACACCCCGCCACUCGCCAACUACUUACUCUCAAAGGAGCACAGCCGUGCCUGUCACCAGUCAGGCUUUUGUAUGAUCUGUAUAAUGCAGAACCAUAUCAUCCAAGCGUUCGCCAACACAGGCAAUGCCAUCAAGCCCGUCUCCUUCAUCAGAGAUCUGAAAAAAAUUGCCCGACAUUUUCGCUUUGGAAGCCAGGAGGAUGCCCAUGAGUUUUUGCGGUACACCAUCGAUGCCAUGCAGAAAGCCUGUCUAAAUGGCUACCCUAAGCUUGACAGGCAGACCCAGGCCACAACGUUGGUUCACCAGAUCUUUGGAGGCUACCUCAGGUCAAGAGUGAAAUGCUCUAUUUGUAAAAGUGUGUCUGACACGUAUGACCCUUACCUGGACAUUGCUGUGGAGAUUCGGCAAGCAGCAAACAUUGUGCGAGCCCUGGAACUGUUUGUUAAACCAGAUGUGUUGAGUGGAGAGAAUGCCUACAUGUGUGCCAAGUGCAAAAAGAAAGUGCCAGCAACCAAGCGCUUCACAGUCCAUCGAACAUCCAACGUUCUGACUCUUUCACUGAAGAGGUUUGCCAACUUCAGCGGUGGGAAAAUAACAAAGGAUGUUGGAUAUCCAGAAUUCCUGAACAUCCGCCCCUACAUGUCUCAGAGCUCAGGCGACCCUGUUAUGUACGGCCUCUAUGCUGUUCUGGUGCACUCUGGGUACAGUUGUCACGCUGGCCACUACUAUUGCUAUGUCAAGGCGAGCAAUGGACAGUGGUACCAAAUGAAUGAUUCAAUGGUGCACUCUAGUAACAUCAAAGUGGUGUUGAACCAGCAGGCCUAUGUGCUGUUCUACCUGAGGAUCCCUGAAACCAGGAAGAAUGCAGACGGGCAGAGCACCAAGCAGGGAAUGUUGCAUCCAGGGAAGAACAGCGUGUCGUCUGAACAGAUAAAGAGGGCCAACCUGAACGGACCUCUCUCCUCCCCGCAGGUCACAAAGAAACUUGAGCCUGCACAACUGCGUAAGAUCCAGUCAGUGGACGGUGGGUUGGGCCUCCCCAUUUCCAGGAACGGUGUGAGCUCUCAGCCACAACCCAGACUUUCGAACUGGAUGUCAUCGUCCAGUGGCCCACCGAAGCUGCCAGGUGGACCCACUGUCAUCGAGGAGCCUUUCAAGAAGCUUAAGAAGCCGUCUCCCCAGAGCCAAGUGCAGUCCCGCAGCGUCACUCCAACCCCUUCCAACAACGGGCUCAGCAGGACGGAGGGAGAGAAAAAGCAAGGUGGCGAGGGCAGAGGCAUUUCGACAUCUACCUCUUUUAAGUCUUUGUCUGACUCUUCCUCUGCCGACACCACCGAGUCAAAGGACUCUCCCAAAAGUGCGCCAGUAGGAGAGACGCCCUCCACCCCUCGGAAAGGCUACAACGGCCUGGCGUCUCCAGCCAAGAGCGUGGAGCGCUCGCAGAGUGCAGAGGAGCCGAAGACGGCGAAAAUAAAACCCCCAGCCCUCAACAACAUCGCAUCGGAAGCCACCAGCACCAUGUCACCUCCACCUGCCAAGAAACUGGCCCUGUCGGCCAAGAAGGCUCGCAACCGGAGUCCGAGCAACAUUGAUGCUCUGCCCCCAUUGUCACGCCAGCUGUCCAGUGACCCCACGCAUCAAAAUCAACAUAAUCACCUCACCUUUGCCUCAGCUUCUCACACUCACAGAGCUGGUCCAUUCCAUUCGCCUAAAGUCCAGUCACCGCCUUUUGCCCACUCAAGUGGAUCCUUCAAACAGCAGAGCCCUCAGAAACAGUCCCUUCUUUCCACACUGCAAAAACCAAAUGCCAGCCUUUCUCUUAAAACCAACGGGCUUCACAGUCCCGGCCCAAAGACCCCAAGGUCUUCCAACAACCUCAGCUCCGCGGUCCAAGAGCCAGACCUCAACGGCGCUUCAACUCAAAAGGUCAACCAAAAGAAAAAGAAGAAAAAGAAGCGAUGCCACUCUGAAGUGGAGCCCGACGCAAAGCCGGUCACAUCCCCAGCAACAGUGACACAGGCCAACCCUUUGGAAUCGGCAAGUGAGAAGAAGCGCAAGAAGAAAAAGAAGAAGCGUAAGAGGGAGAUUGAGGAUGAAAAGAAGGCGACGGAGAGGGAGUGUGUCCCGUCUCAUCUCGACACAUCAAACCAGGAAGAGGAUUGGUGUCAGGGCGGCAUGUGGAGUCUGACAUCCAAUCCAGGCGCAGAACCGUCUAAGCAAAAGCCUCAGUUAGCUUCCGCAAAUCCAACUCAGUGUGAGUCAAAUCAGAAAGAACAGGGAAGGGACUCUGUGUCGUUGAAGAAGAAGAAGAAGAAGAAGAAGAAGAUGCAGCUGGUGGAGGCUCUGCAGGACACAACCUCAGCGUGCGCUGCGACAGAAAGCACUUCUGGUACGAAGGCCGCAGCCAUUCAAAAUGAUACGGGAGAGUCGAUAAAGUUGAAAAAGAAGUUAAAGAAGAGGAGGCUAAAAGAAGAGGUGAGACUGUGGGAGGAGAGCAGGCGUUCAGACGAGCAGAACGAUGAGCGUGACGCGGCGGAGCCACAUUCGAAGAAGAGCGCCGCCGAGGACGACGACAAAAUGAGCAAACAAAGUACCGCCACAGUGGUAGUGUGGGACAGCCAAGUGAAGGACGGCUACAAACGCAGCCAGGCUCCGGCGACUGAUGGAAGUGCAUCCGGAGACAACACCACGACUGCUCCUGUGGCCUGGGAUGGAAAAAAGACGAGUGGCGUUGUAGAAGAGCUGCUCAGGAAUGCCACAGACAAGGCCUACGGAGCCAACGUCCUCAGCUGGGAUGGAGAGGUCUCUGCCAUCAGUAAAGAUGCCAUUGAAGACGUCCGCCAUGCAAAGAAUGACGCUGUGAUUGAUGAGUGGGAUGAAGACUUUGACAGGGGAAAGGUGAAGAAAAUUAAAAACUUUAAAAGAGAAAAUUGGAGGACUGGCAGCAGCAUCUUCCAGAAGAUCCAGGACAGAAAGAACAAGUGGUCUGUAACACCCGGAGGGAAAAGAGUUUUCGGAGUCCGACGUUGAGAUGCCAGAGUGCUGUUGAGGUCACGCGGACUGGAAAUCGAGACAAUACUGUAUACCAAAUUUAUUAUUUUUAUUUUAAUUUUUGUUUUUUUUUAUUUUUCCCUCUCUCGUGUUCACUUCCGAACCAUAUUCAAGGAUAGGAUUGAGCCAAAAGCAGCACAGCAGACUGUUAACUGUUUCACUGACAGUCUCAAAUUAAAAUUAACUAACAUCAAUUGUUUUUCCUUCACUGGCCACCUGAAUUGAACAACUCACAUCCCCUUUUAAUCCAAAUGUGGCUCAAGUUUUUUUAAAUUCAUGAAGUAUUUAACAGAAAACCCUUCAUCAUCAACAUCCACGUCACAUGAAUUACUGUACGUUGGCAUCUUUCGAGCCUUAGUUAUUGUCCUGAAACUUUAUGAAGUUAAAAACAGUUAAUCAUAUUUUGUGAAAGAUGAGAUGAUCAGAGAUGAGAAAGAAAAUCUGCAACUCUUAAAAAUCCUGAAUUCGAUCUCGGAAUAUGCUGCUUUUGCAGACUUAAGGGCUCAGUUGGUUGCUGAGUUUUUUUUCUUUCUUUUUUUACCUUUCUCCUGAAAUUAUACCAAAUUCAAUGAUCCAAAAUUGUUAUUUGUUAAAUUUAAAAUUUCUUUUAGUUCAUACAUUUAUCUGCUUCUCGGUUUGUUUUUAUGCACCACAUUUCGCCAACAUGUUGUUGGUGAAAUUCAGGUUUAAAAAUGGGUUCUUGUUGAAAUUGGUUCAAAAACGUGACGCGUUAAAUUUAGUUUUUAUUUCUGCCAUCUUGGUUAUGUGCCAUGUUUGUUUGUUUUUUUUAAAAACAGACUUAAUGGCAAUACGUUUAAAACCACGAAUAAGUGCUCAGCUGUUUUGUGUAAACAUUUUUGACUGUUUGUGGAAAUGCAGAAGAACAACACAUUAGUGCAAUGUGCAUUUGCAGAGUUGAUGUUGUGGUUGUUUUGAGGAAAAUCGGACAAGAGCAUUUAUUUUCUACUGUGCAGCUGUUAAAACUCUGUAGCUCUUCUCACCAGUCCACAGUUUGGGCGGCUCUGUCUGGAUGUUUCCCAUUCUCUGUAACAAACCUCACCACAAACAGUUCUUUAACCAAUGUACUGAAAUAAAAGGGUUAAAUUUUAUACUUCAGGCACUGUGUUGGAAUGGGACUGCCACAUGCUACUUAAUUUAUUUCCCUCUUGUAUCUUAUAAACUCUAUGCAAUUAUUCUGAUGCUCAUGCUGGUCACUUACAAACUGGGCUGAGACUCAGGAAUCAGACAUCCUGUAUCCCAUCUUCAUCCCCGAUCAGACGGCCGUUUCAUGUGACAGAACCACCAUUUUGCAUCCUGUACAUCCUGUAGAAACCGUUUUUAUACAAAGUAUUUCAGGUGUGGAAACCAUGGGAUCACCUCGCACCAACCCAGGCACAGACGCGUAGAGAAACUUAACGUCGUAAACAAAAACGCUUUGCCAGUGUAGAAGACUGUACAGUCCCAUCUUGUGCUACCUGUGUUUCCCUACCAACGCUGUAAAGACUUGCCCUUGCAUUUCUUUUCAUUCUAGAAAUGUUGCCUUGAAUUGGCUUUAAAAAGAAAAAAAAAGUAUAGAGUUUAAUGUUAUAAAUAUAUAAUUUAAAAGAAGAAAAGACAUAUUUCUUGUGCAACUAAUACUUGGGUCAGUUGGUGGAUGUUAACUUGGAGAAUUUAUCUGCAAAUGUGUUUUGUUCAUUUGUGCAAAAGAGAGUUGUCCGUUUUUCAGGCAAGAACUUCCCAAUGUCACUGUGCAGGAGAGACUGCGACAGAUUCGUUUGUGGGGUGUGACUCUCAAACAGGACACAGAAGAACUUUAACCAGCGUGAAUGGACGGUCCUCAUGUUUGCAUCGAUGGUUCUAUAUUUUCCACCACCUUUUUUCUGACCAAGGAAAAGACCUUUCAUAAUAAAAGUGGCUCUUACCACACUAGUUAACUAAAAAAAAGGUGCAAUAAAGUUGUGACUUUUGUGA